CAAUUUCACAUAAAUUGCGACCGACGAAAGUAGACUGAUUGAGUCAAUUAAAUAUCAGUUGUUUCGCAGUCAGUCAAGCUGCGGCGUGUCGCUAGUAUCAUGCAGUUAAACGAUUUAAUAGACCUUGAUAGUAGGUUUCGUAAGAAAUUCUCUCAAGCGAAUUAUGAAAUAUCUUUAUCUGAAGGCGUUUUAACAGUGAAAAGUGAACAAGUUAAUAAAAAAUAUGUUCUUGUAAAAGUGCCUGGAAGUUUUCAAAUUGAACAAGAAGAAUGUGUGGAUGUGAUUUAUGCCGAUUUCCAUUUGCGAACCAAGAAGGGUGAAACUUUUGCCGCUUUUAACGAGGAGUUGCUUGAAAACUAUGAGCCGCCAGAUCCAAAUAACUUUAACCAACUUAAAGUUAUUUUGCAAACUUUGGCAAAAGUGCAAGCGAAACUGUUAGUGAAAUAUGAAGGAACUUCAAAUAUGAACCAGAAAUGUUUAAUAGCAGAUUCUGUUAAAAUAUUUGCAAACCCAUUCACGGGCCUAAAUCAAGAAAUGUUCGAGAGAACUUCCGAGAAACUUCAAGCAGACUUAGAUAAAUUACUUCUUAAAACACAUUUACUUGUUCCGAGCCUAUGGUGUUUACCUAAUAAUGUUUAUGUAAACAGUGAGCUAAAUGUUGUAUUUUUGCAUGGUAAUGCUCAAAAACACUUUGUACCUCCAGUUUUGGAUGCCCUUUUAUAUUUGUUCUCUUUAACUAAUGAACAUUUUAGGCAAAAACAUUAUAAAUUUCUUAUGAAAAAUUACUUUGAUUCUUUAGAGCAAGAACUUAAAGUUCUUCAUAAAAACAUACGUGAUAGUAUUACUGAAAUUUACAAAGAUCUACAAGUGAGGAUAUUAUUACCUGUUGUCAAAGUGCUGCUGAUAAGCCAAGCGGAAUACAACUCCACAGAACUUCUGGAUAAUCUGUCAAAUUAUUACAAGUAUCCAUUAAUAAAUCAAGAAGAAAUAUACGAAAUAGUUUCCAAAAAACUACAAACAAAUGAUUUUAACUUGAUCAAUUACAACAUGACACCCUUAACAGAAAAAAAUGGCCAUCUAGGAGAAUAUUACUUCCUCAAGGUCACUAUACAAGAUCACAACAUCUUGGACUUUUUUUGCAAAUUCCUUACGACAUCCACUGGCUUCAAAGAGGAAAUGAUCGAAACAAAGAGUGUAGGUAAAACGGAAAAUUUUUUCUAUGGCACCUUAUACCCACUUUAUGAAAAACACGAUCUUAAAAAAUUGCUAGAUUUUGCUCCAAAGUGCUACUUGCACGGUAUAACUGGCUAUAUGGUCCUGGAUAACCUUUCCAGCGAAGGCUUCAGUACACUUAAGCCCAAUACGAUUUUAAACCUGGACGGACUGAAGGCUAUUUUAAGCAAAUUGGCGAAAUAUCAUGCUAGUAGUAUAAUCUUGGAAGAACAGUUAUCUAAAGAAGCUGGAAAACAGAUUAGUUUAUAUGAUAUUUAUCAAGAGUAUUUGGAUGAAAAGUUGCUUGUAUACGAUGGCAUUAUAGCUAAAAUGAUAGAUAAUAAUAUAAUAGCCUUGAUGUAUAUGUUGGAGAAAUUUCCAGAUUUAGCAGAAAACAUUAAUAUGGUACCUGACAAAGUAAAAGAGGUAAUUAAGGAUAUCGCUUAUAGCGUGUUAUCUGUUGGCAAAAAGUCAGACCAUAUCAGGAACGUUAUAAACCAUGGAGAUUUAUAUGUGGGAAACACUUUGAUCAAAUAUAGAAAUAAUAAUUCUGUUCUGGACGGAAUUUUAAUCGAUUUUCAAUUGGUUAGAUAUUUUCCUCCUGCUUAUGAAGUAUUGUUCUUUAUUUUCUUGACGUCGGCCAAAGAAGAACGCGAUAAACACUUGCAACUUUUAUUAGAUUGGUACUAUAACAACUUAUCAAGGCACUUAAAAGAAUUUAAUCUGGAUCCAGACAAAAUAUAUAGUAGAGAAGAUUUUCAGAAAAACGUGAAUCAAGAUAAGUCUAUAGCCAUAUCCAUGGCAUUUGCUUAUGGGCAUCUGGUACAUAUAGACCCAGAUCUUCGGGAAGAACUUUUUGGGGAUCAAAAGAAAUGUAACUUUUACGUCGAAGAACAUAGAAGAGAAAUGAUAGAUCUGUGCUGGAAGGAUGAUCAUUAUAGAAACGUUGUGAAAGGCUUAAUGGAAGACAUCGUUGAAGUGGUGAAAAAUGGAUUUAAGUGAGACAGAUCACAACAUAUUUUUAGGAAUAAGGGAUGUAACAAGUUUGUAUGAAAUAAUGGUUUUUCUUUGAAUUGAAUCUGAUCAAAGGUCAACUGAUCCUGUUUUGAAAUGUAUAAAUCUUUAAAUAUUUAUUGUUUUAACAGUAGUAAAAUGUGAAAUGUAUGUUCUUUUAUGAAUUAUUUUUUAUAGUUCUUUUAAUAAGACAAUAUUGUGCCUAAAAGUU